GCCAAUAUAUUGUUUUUUUUUUUCAUUGCCAAGACAAAAAAUAUCCACCCAAAACUCCAGUAUACGCACAAUCGUCAGAGCCUUCACCUAGUACCGCUGAUAUCAACCCCUCUAAUAAUUCAAAAGUGCCCACAAUAAAAGAUAUGCAUAUGUAGUGCAUGUGUCAACUUCAAACAAAAUAGAAAACUACGUAUUUAUCUGGUUGACAAUUUUUCAUUUUUCUAAAUUAAAAAAUAAAACAAAAUAAACAGGUUGCAAGAGAAUUGUAUAAGUGGACUCUUCCUCUCAUGUCUCAAACAGGCGCUUGUGUAGUUCACAAUGGCAAUAGUACUGUUUAUGGUCUUUCUUCUAGCUCUACCGUUCUUCCUCUUCAAUCUCCUAAAACGUAGCAUUAGAACCAAUGGCAAUCUUGUUCUUCCUCUUCCCCCUGGCCCUUCAGGUCUUCCCUUGAUCGGUCACUUACAUAUGCUGAUGUUUGAUAACUCAGUCCCUCAUAUUUUUCUUUAUAAACUCUCUCAAAAGUAUGGUCCUCUCGUGUUCUUAAGAUUUGGAUUUAAGCCAACCCUUGUAGUUUCUUCAGCAAAAAUGGCUGAAGCAGUUAUGAAAACCCAUGACCUUGACUUCUGCAGCAGGCCUAAUCUAUGGGGUGCUCGCAAAUUAUCUUACAAUGCCUCGGAUUUGACUUUUUCACCAUACUCUGGCUCCUGGCGUGAGAUGAGGAAACUUUGUGUUGUACAUCUAUUUAGCAGAGUGCAGAACUAUCGUCCCAUCCGAGAAGAUGAAGUUGCUUGCCUGGUUCAAAAAAUAUGCCGAUUAUCCGUUGAUUCUAAGCCCGUCAACUUGAGUGAGGCAAUGAUGUGCCUUUCCAGUUCAAUAAUAUGUAGAGUAGCUUUCGGCAAGAGGUAUGACGACGAAGGAACUGAAAGAAGUAGGUUCGACGGGUUGCUUAAAGGAAGUGAAGCCAUGUUGUCAUGCUUUAGUUUCUCUGACUAUUUUCCUUUCAUGGGUUGGGUCGAUAGAUUCACUGGUUUCCUCACUCGUCUUCAAAAAAUUUCCAAAGAACUUGAUACUUUCUAUCAACAACUCAUUAAUGAACACCUCGAUCCAAAUAGACAAAAACCAGAGCAAGAGGACAUACUCGAUGUGUUACUAAGAAUACAGAAAGAUCGUGAUUUUCCAUUUGAUCUGACCAUAGAUCACAUAAAAGCUAUUCUUAUGGAUGUGUUUAUUGCUGGAACAGACACAACAGCAGCCACUGUGAUUUGGGCCAUGUCCUUCCUAAUGAAAAACCCGAAGUGUUUGAAGAAAACUCAAGCGGAAGUGAGGGACUUGAUUGGGAAAAAAGGGUUUGUAAAUGAAGAUGAUGUUCACAAUUUUACUUACCUAAAAGCUGUGAUAAAAGAAACGUUCAGGUUGCAAGCAAUAGCUCCAUUGUUAGUGCCACGAGAAACACUCCGAAAGUGCAGAAUAGGUGGGUAUGAAGUCCCGACCAAAGCCUUAGUGUAUGUGAAUGCAUGGGCAAUAGGAAGAGACCCUGAAGCUUGGGAAAACCCAGAAGAGUUUUAUCCUGAAAGAUUCAUUGGAAGCUCUAUUGACUUCAAAGGGCUGAACUUUGAGCUCAUACCAUUUGGUGCGGGUAGAAGGGUUUGCCCUGGAAUGCAUAUGGGAGUUGCAGCAGUGGAGCUUGCCCUUGCUAAUCUACUUUACAAGUUUGAUUGGGAAAUGUUGCCCGAGAUGAACAAAGAAGACAUAGACUUUGAUGUCGUACCUGGUCUCACUACACACAAAAAAAAUGAUCUUAUCCUUUUGGCUAAGAAGAUUCAUGAUUAAUCAAUGUAUCGUUAUGGUAACUUAUUUACUGCCAAAUCCUUCAAGUUCAUACUUUUUCCAGUUUGAACCACAUUCUUAUCAAAUGUCUUAGUAACACCUUUUAUGUUUAAUAAACCUACAAUUACUCUGAAUUCAAAUUUAGAACAGGAUAAAUACAUUGGAAGUCUUUUGCACUGUAAAAGUCUAAAAGCAAUUUA